CGCAGAGUUUCGCGCCCUUUUAGUAGAAAAUGAAUGCCUGCUCACACAUUUUCCGCGUAAUUAAAUCGUUUGUGUGAAUUGGGGUAGUGGAAUCAAUUAAAAACCAUAUUAUUUAUUGUGUAAAAUAAGCACAAGACACAAUGGACAUCGAUGCAGAAGUGGGUCAGGCGUACCACACGGUGCAGUUGUCGACAAAAGAAAUGCUCAAAAACAAUCGACGUCAACAUUAUUGCAAUAUGAUUGACUUGCUGGCCAGCAGCUGCAAGGCCUCGGGCCUGAUAACCACUUCCUUUACGAAUGAGGAAUUGGUCGAGUUCUGGCUGGGCGACAUUUUGCCGCUAAUGUUUGACACAGAUCGCAAUAUACAGAAUUGUGCCAUGGCCGCGAUGGCCGAGGCUCUGGUUGCACUCGAUGUGUCUGUCAUACACGCUGCCAAAUGUUGGCCCCAGAUACGCAGCGAAUUCGUCAACAACUACACGACGCUCAUCGGGGAGAUGCGCGAUGCAAAAAACAACAAUUGGCACAAGAUCUGGACGCUGCUGGUGCAGAUUAUGGACAGCGAAAUGCUGCGCGGCUGCACCUACAUCAACAAAUUUCUUGCCGUCGUCGAGCUGGGCUUUCGCAAUCCCGACAAUGGCGUGCGCUCCGAGGCAUUUCUUUGCUGGCGCGUACUUAUCAAGAUCUUUGCCGCCUAUAAUGAGCUGGCGGCGGGCAAACGUUUGCGUCUGCUCCUCAUUCCACUGCGCACAUCCCAGUCGCGUUCGCCGCACGUAAGCGGCAUUAAGCUGCGCGUCUGGUGGUAUUUAAUCAGCUGCCUGGAUGUCGAGCUGCCCAAGUCGUUCGACAAUGCUGUUGAGUAUUUUUUGAGCUUUUUGUUUGGCGGCGGCGCACGUGGCAAUGCAACGGGCCUGGCGCACAGCUAUCAGACGGCAAGGGAGCUGGCGCUGCCUUGCCUGGUCGCCCUGUGGAAUAUGGAACCAGCCUCGGCCGCCCUGCAGCGCCUGCUGCGUGACAUGCGCCUCGAGGUGCUCCGCCAGCCCUCGCCGCUUAUGAACUCGGAGCUGCUGCAGCAGCACUGGCGUCCCAUGCUGGCAGCGGCUGUUGCCGGCAUGCAGCUGCUCAGCCAGGCAGAGCACAGCUCUGAGACGGAGCAGGAGCUGUUGAAUUUGCUGCUGCGCAAUCUGACGCUGGCCAUGUUCCAGCUACGCGUGACCCCCUUUACGGUCGCCUGUUGUGCGGAGUUGGAGAAGACGCUACCCGGCGACGGCAGCAUUGUGCGCUCCGUUUUCAAUGCCUGCGCUGGCCUAGCCAUGCCGCCGCAACGCGUAGACUCCCUCGAAGUGCUGGAAGCUUGUCUGAAGUUGUGUCUGAAGGCGCGCGCCGAGGUGCCGCCCGCAAUUAUGCAGCGCUGUGUCGCGCUCAUCUAUGCCGCGGAGCAGCUGAAGACGCGCAGCACCAGCGAAUUCCGUCAGCUCAGCAGCUUUGCGGAGCUGCUCAUGCAAAAUAACGACGAGGAGGACUACGAGACCUUCGGGCUCAAGCUGCAGAUAUGGCGACAGGUCUCCGGAGCACUGCUCGACUACUUGCGUGACCAUGCGCUCGAAUAUCGCGUGGCGCACAAUGCUGCGUUCGUGGAUAGCUGGAUUCUGUGGCCGCUGCUGACAAGCGCCAGCUUUGCCGGGCGACGCGCCAACAGCUCCUUCGACGGCGCCUUCUGUGAGCAAUGGCGGCAGCUCAUCAAUGCGGGCCACAAUGCCAACGAGCGCAAGAAGUUCGUUGCGGAUCUAAAGACGGCGCUGAUCGAGCUGCUGAAGAAUGGCAGCAAAGAGGAGCCACAUUUCGCGGAGAUGUUCGACAUAUAUGUCAGUGCGGUGCUUAGGCUGGGCAUCUGCAAGGACUCGCCCCUCUACAAAGAUGUCUUUGCGCUGCUUUACGCUGUCUUCGAGCGUCCGGCACUGUCCCAGUCGCUGCUGGAGGGCUGUCUCAAUACGCUGCGCAAUCUCAUACUGGAGCUGCGCCAGAACGAGCUGAUGGUCGUGUUCGAUGCACUGAAGCCCACUUUGAGUGCGGCGCUUCAGUGCUGGAACAAGGGCAAGUACGAGGGCAGCUUUCUCAGCGAGUGGAAGCGCGCCAUUCAGGAGAAAUUCCGCAAGCUGUCCAUGAAGAGCAUGGCCAAUCAGCUAAAGGAUCUGUUCAAGGGCGACGACCUCUUCGUUAUCAUACCCUCCGUAUGGAGCUUGAAUCCGGACAAGCUCACCGAUCGCCAGAAGGAGCGUUUCGCGGAGAAGUCCGACAUACCAGCGCUGUACAAUGACAUGAGCCAGUCGCAGGACUCGUCCUCCAUCAAACCCUGGACACCCAAGAAGGUAGUCAUCGCCAAAGGCAAGCAAACCGAAUUGGCCCUAAGCGGCGGCGACAGGCAAACGGAGCAAGAUAAGGACCAGGACAGCGAUGGCGUGACCAUCAUUGAAGAAUCGCCAACUGAUCCGCCCACGACUCCAGCUGCUGGGGUUUCCACGCCCACACGCCGACGCCGGCUAUCGGAAGUAGUCGGCACCGAGUCGAGCAGCGCGGAGAAGUACCAAUUCCGCAAACCGCGCGCGCAAAUUGAGGAAGAGGCCAAGCCAACGCCCGUUCCUGCCGGGGAUACAUCUGUGCGCCAGACACGCAAACGUGCUGCACAAAAGGACAAGCAAAUCGAGCAGCCACCAGCAGCAACCGACAGACUGCGUUCACCCAGAAAGCAGACAGCAACCCCUCAAGCAACAACAGCUGCCAGCAAAGCCAGCGCACAGAAGGUCAAGGACACUGCCAAACUCACCCCAAUGCAGAGCGAGGAUCUGUUCGCUGAAUUUGCAACCCCGACACCUGCUGCACAGGUGCUGCACGAGCCGGCCAAAAAAACGUCGAGUGUGCCGGAUACGCAGCUGAUUGUUUCGCCAGAACCGGCUGUCGAAUCGGUGGCCAGCACACAGAUGCCGUCAGAGCCCAUGGGCGAUCCCAUGCCCAUGACAGAGAGCUCGCCCAAGAAGCACAACACACGACUUUGCAAUUUGAGCUCUCCGCCGGACCGCAAGCAGACAAACAACUCGACGAGUCCGACGCUGCGGCCCAAGCCGUCGGCCCAUUUGACCGGACGCGGCGCGCAGUUGAUUAACAUGAUACGGAACAAGAAACUGGAUGCUGGAGCAAACUAUAAUACACUGGCCGCGUCGACGUCGGUGGCUACUCGCAGCCAGGGAACGCCGGCUCGCCAAAUGGAACGCGCCGAGCUGGUGUCGACGCCCACCUGUGAACUGAACGAGCUGGCCGCGGCGGAGCACACGUCCACGCCCAUACAGCAGACCAAGGAUCUGCUGAUAUUCUCAAAGCGGCUGCCAUCGCCGUCGGCGAGUCCGUCCGCGUCAAUAUUGAAGCGAAAGCUGCGCUGCGAGAGCAUCGAUGACUUUGAGUCGCCGGCACUGAAGCGUAAACGGGUCAGUUUCCAUGAUCCGCCCGUGUCCAUAACGAAGGAGUAUCUGCGCGAUGUGGAGGAGACGCGGAGCGGCAAGCCGAAGCGCUGCCUGCUGCUGGACAAACUUGCCCAGACCACGGAGGUGCGGCAGGCGCUGAAGCGACGCGGCCGACUGGACAGCAUCAUCGAGAUCGAGAAGUUUGCGCACGAACAGACCGCCAGGAGCGCGGCCGUGGAUAAGUCAAUGGACAAGUCCCAUGAAGCAAUGGAGGACGAGGCUUUCGAUACGCUCAAAUGGAAUGAGACAACAACGACCACAGCGGGCGGCAGCGAUGAGAAGAACCAGCCGGAAGCCGAGGCUCUGCCUGCUGGCACGCCCAGUCGUGACCUGGCCAUACUUGAUGCAGAGUCCGCAUUGGAUCUGGUUGUGGAGCAAUGCUCGCUGGAUUCUGUGCUGGAGCGUUUCUUUGCCAAAGCCCGCAGCUCGCCGCUGAAGGGCGCCCACAAUCUGGCCAAACUCCUGUCCACUCAGAUGAAGGCCAACGACAAACUGAAGACCACGGUGCUGGAGACGCUGUCCGAGAAUCAUUCGAAAGAUUUCCUGGAUCAUGCAGUGCGCGAGAACCUGUCCUCGGUGGUGUGCGAUCGCCUCAAUCUCAACUCCGUGCUGGAGUACAUUUGCGCCAAGUCGAAGAUCAACAACGCCUGCCGGGCCAGCCUCUUGGCCCAGGUGCCAGCGAUGAUACGCCUGGAGUCGGAGCGCUUGAGUCUGCUCCAGCAGCUGUUGCAGCAUUGCAACCUCGGCGAUGACCAGCUGCUCGAUCUCAUUGGCCAGUUGAUGCAGCUGCGCGACAAUCGGAGCAACUGCAUCCUUGCCAGCGGCAGCGCCGGCGCCGGUAGCAUUAAUGACAACGUCGCCGAAACAGCGGCCGACUCAUCCUCCAAUUUGUGAGUCGAAUAUUACUUCCUGAAAGUAUUUUAUAUCUAUUUUUGACGGCCAUUAUCAAGAAAUCGUUUGACCUGAUAUCUGCCGUAGCCUAAGUUACAUUUUUUAUAGUUAUACGCCGUUUAUGGCACCUGCUUUUACGGCUUACCCCGAUUACAAUUACAUAUAUAUAUAUAUA